AUGUCGGGCGUGGUCAAGAAAGUCCUCUGCGCGCCGGGGACGCAGCGCUCGGCCUCUCUGGCCGCAUCUCCCGGCUCGGGAAACUCGGAUCUGAAACUGCCCUUCUGGCCACCUCACUCCCUCUCCAGCCGUUUACUUAUUCAGGAACAAGUUGCUCUAGGUCGUAACCAACCUUUGAAAAAGGAGAAACCAAAAUGGAAAAGCGAUUAUCCAAUGACAGAUGGACAGCUGCGCAGCAAAAGGGAUGAAUUUUGGGACACUGCACCAGCUUUUGAAGGCCGUAAGGAGAUCUGGGAUGCCUUGAAGGCUGCUGCACAUGCUUUUGAGAGCAAUGAUCAUGAACUGGCCCAAGCAAUCAUUGAUGGUGCAAACAUAACAUUACCACACGGUGCACUUACAGAGUGCUACGAUGAACUGGGGAAUAGAUAUCAGCUUCCAGUGUAUUGCUUGGCACCACCAAUCAACAUGAUCGAGGAAAAGAGUGAUAUAGAGACUCUGGAUAUUCCUGAGCCCCCGCCCAAUUCUGGAUAUGAAUCUCAGCUCCGUUUGCGUCUUUCCACGGGCAAAGACCUCAAACUUGUGGUACGCAGCACAGACACGGUGUUCCACAUGAAGAGACGGUUACACGUAGCAGAAGGAGUGGAGCCUAGUAGUCAGCGGUGGUUCUUCUCUGGCAGACCUCUCACUGACAAAAUGAAGCUGGAGGAGCUGAAGAUCCCAAAGGACUAUGUUGUACAGGUGAUAGUGAGUCAGCCUUUGCAGAACCCAACUCCAGUCGAGAACUGAACUGGUCCUGCUGGCUGGUUCCCACAUUGCUCUACUCCUUUGUAUUGUUGUCAUUUGCUACUCUAUGGCGUGAAAUUUAUUUUCACUGCUCUAAAUUCCCUAUGAAUGGAUUUAGUUCUGAGGAAUUACCAGUGAAAAAUUCCAUCUGUGAUGGAGACCAACAAAAAUAAUAAAACACAAAGAGCCAGCCUUUGAGACUCAUGUAAUUACAGUUUCUAAUUUGAGGCAGUUAAGAAAUAGAUAACCAUGUAUUUUAGAAUAUUCAACCACAUAAUAGCUGUAUUUAAAUGAUUUGGAGUGUAAAUGAAACAUUGUACUCAUGAAAAACAGCACCAAGCACCUUUUGAAUACAGAGUUUUUUUUAAAAAAAAAUAUAUACUUCAAAUUA